CUGAGGCUAGCUUUGUAAAACUACCGCAUCGAUUCCUGUGACCCUGAUGAUAUGUAUAUAAUAAUGUUGUAAUAGCCUGAGUGCGGCAGGCAUUCUCAACACCCACCUUUUAUAUUGCAUCAUCGCUUCGUUGUAAUGGAUAUCACUGAAAAACAGCAGUUGUUAUUUCACUUGAACGCUGUUCUCGUGGCAAACAGUACCGAGACUUUCCAUCUUUGUUUUCAGGACGAUAACAAAUAUCAUAGGCAUUCUGAUGUACGAUCAUAUAGUGACCCUCCCAGAAGAAAUCGCGUUUAUUUGGGGUCGUCCGAAAUUACUGUCUGCAACAUUGUUUCUUGCCAAUCGCUAUCUUGCCCUGGUGGGCAAUAUCUUUGGCUUGUUUAUCGAUUUCCUACCCGCAGUUUCGGAUGAGCUGUUCAAGAUAUAUGCUAGUCAGAGAGCUGUUCCUUUAUCUCCAACAAAUCAUUGUUUGCGUCAUAUUGACUCUGCGCGUUUACGCACUGUACGGUCGUAGCAGGCGCCUGCUCAGUUACAUAGUAAUCAUCGGUCUUGCUCUUAUGGGAGGAGCAUCAGCGGGUUCUUUUGGAAAUAAUUCAAAUACUACGAUUUACAUCCAAGGAAGUGAUUGCCAUAACACAUUCACAGCAAAGAUAGCCACGCGUUAUGGACUGGCUUGGAUUGCAGUUUUUGUCUUCGAAUUACUUAUCUUUGUCCUUACAGUCUUCAGGACUUGCAAGACUAGGGGAUCUCCGCGGUUGAUUCCAUCCAGCAGAAAUAUCAUUGAUAUCAUAUUCCAAGAUGGUGCAGUGUAUUUCGCAGCAAUGACAUUGAUCGAUCUACCUAACAUCCUGACAUACUAUUGUGGUUCGGAUAUCACCAGAGGGAAUCUAGCCACAUUUACUAGUUGCAUGUCCGUCACUCUCGUCUCUCGACUGGUGCUUCACCUGCACAAAUCCACGGAUGACGGAAUUUCAUCCACUGCCAUCCGGAACGAUGGCUCCAGCCCCAAUGUCUUUACCACCAGACUCGAUGUCGAAUUCUCUUCUCACAGUUUUCAAACUGAUUCUGGCUGAUUGGAUAUUGUUCCUGGUUGCGAAAUUUCUUCGCUUUUAGUUAGGGUGUUGUAAUUUUACAGACGAUAUGUAGAAGAAUUCAUUUUGAUGAUUACCAUGGAUAUUUUACCAAUUCCCAGCAGGACCC